AUGCUCAGGUCGUCUAGCUCUUCCAGCUGUUCGUCCCAAGUCAACCUUGGUGUAGCAUCUCAGUCAGUCAGUAACAGCCUUGGCAACACGUCCUCUAACCAUAUCUCUGAUGAGCCACAACCUAGUUUGAUACAUGAUCCUGCUGAUGGAUCCAAUACAAUGCGACUCAACGAUGAAUAUAACCAAGCUAAUUCAAAAACAUCAUUUAUAGCUGAUAAGCGAAAAUCACGACUAGGAACUUCCACUUAUCUUAGUAAAAGACUUUCACUACAGGAGGAUGAAAAGCUAAAAGUACAAAUUGCAGGUCCUCUCUUGUGGAAUUUCCCUGCAUCUGAGCGUUCUGGAAAGUUUGAAGAGUGCUCCAAACCUAUUUCAACGAUAUCCAUUGCCAAUGCCAUGUCAAGCAUUGUCGAUGCACCAUCUCAUCCAAACCAUUGGCUUUUACGCUUAAUCCUUGUCGAAGAUAACGAGACCCAUAUUUUCGAAAGUGAUGAUCAAUCGCUACUACUUCAAUGGAAAUCCGUCAUUAGUCGCGUUGCACUUCGAUGGGGAGCUAUCCAAAAGAUCACAUUAGAGCACGACGUAGCUCACUUGCGUAAACAGUUGGGAUCACUAUGGGAAAUGUGUCAAAACGGAGUGGUUCCACCCAAAGUCCAAAAGAGAAUGUCAGAUGUUACAAUGGAUAUGCAAAUAAAAGAUGAUUUGCUAGCAGACGUGAUUGCACGGCAAGAGGAGCUAUCGUUAUAUGAAGCUCGAAAUGGGUUUGAGGCUCGAAAACGCAAUGGAAUGGGAUUUCUUGCUGAAGGUGGUGACGACAAUGCAGAAAUGGACGAAUCAAGUUCUGACGAGCAAAGCGAUUCCGACAAGGACAGCUGUGAAAAUGAACACAAGGAGAGUGAAUGUGAAAGUCCUUCUGACUCGAUUCCCUUGUAUCAACUUCGUAGCGUCGAUGCUAUACACUCCACAUAUAACGAUGACGACAAACCACUGGAAAAUAUAACAGAGCCCACUCAACCCGUAGUUGACACAUGUUCUGCUAAACAUAGCAUUGAUGUCAAAUCCAAAAUAUCGGAAACGAUGCUCGAUAAUACCACGCCAAUUGUGCAGCACGAAUCUACCAAAAAGCAGUCUUCGUAUGAAAUGCCAGUAAAUUUGGAUGAUCCUUUGGAUGAAGGGUUUAACGACGACAAGCUAAUAGAAAGUGACGCUAGUGUUUUUACCAAAGAUAGGACAAAGCGUCUUAGUGGAUUAUCAUUUGUUACUAUAGACAAAAUUGUCAGAGAGGGACUAUCACGUAGCCCGACUAGAGUUGAUGGGAGCACGUCAAAGCAAAGUCCUACAACAAGUGACAAGAUUGAUAUGGCGUUUGCUGAUCUAAUUGACAAGAAACUAGCACAGCUAGAAUCAGAGUCAGAACAAGAUAUAUAUUUGAAAAGUACUUUUCAAAAAACUGUUACAGCAGAUUCUGAGCCACUUGCUAAUACGGCCGAUCUGGUGGAAUGUAUUGACAGUUUGGACGGGUUGGAUCAAGCAUUUUCCAAAAGCAAGGAAUUUGACGGAUUCCAAUCAAGCUUGAACAUUUCAUAUGAUCACAAUCUAUUGUCAACAGUCCACAAUGAUAAUGCUAUACCAGCUCAAAGUCACGAUAAUCAAGCAAAGUUUGAAUCAGCAGAGACUCCAGCAGUCACAGUUUUAAAACACGUUGAAACUGUAGCAAAAGACACAACCCAGAGAAAUGCACUGACCGAGUUCAAUGACGAUAUCACGAAAAAGUUAUCAUGCUCACACAUUUCAUUAGCUGAAGAACGCAUUGAGCCUCCUGCUUGCACUCUUCAGCUUUUACCUUUAUCAGCAUUGGAUAAAAAUUCCAGGGAAACUAUAAAUGAGUCACAACUUUCCAUUAACAAACCGAAUCCGAUGAUGACCUCCAACGAUGUUCUUUCCAGUCAAAAAGAGCCCAUUCAAGUAAACGUGGAAAGCCUGUCUGACAUAACAGCGAGGCAGUCUUACAUUCAUGCGCAGGAAUCGUCUCCACCAAUGCAUGCAUCUAUUGGUCUGAGAAAGCAUGAUGGCGAGACUUCAUUGGUAUAUGGUACAAGUGUUGCUUACAAACGCGUAUCAAUAGAUAUCCCAAUACAGGCUGUUCAGCCAUCACCUAUUCCAGUACCUUAUACUUUUUCCAAAGAGUUGAAUAGCCCGACUGAACAGUUGAUAAACGGAUUGAAUCAAAACGAUGUUGAGCCAGACCAGGCUAAUAGUUCAUUUACUGCAGACCAAUUAUCCAUUAGUAAAAGCACUACAAAUGAUAGUGAGCACGCAUCGUUAAAAACCAGCAUGCAGGCUCUAGAUGCAAAUUCUUUUUCAGAUAUCUCAUCUCAGAUGCAAGAUAGUAAGACACAAACAGCCAAUAUUUCAAGCGUAUCUUUUGAUGCUCCGGCGACUUUGUGGAAACCUGAAUCUGUGUUGGGAUCAAAAGUAGUAUCAACAGAAUCCAUUGAUAAACCUGAAACAUCCUUCCAUAAACUAGAUUCACCAAAGAACACAUCGAGUGGCAUUGGUGCUUCAUUUGACGCUAUUGACCCAUUCGUCAAAACAAGCGUAAGCCAUUUGCCAGAUUCCGAGGCUGUAAACGAUCCACUUUUUCAACCAGACAUGACUCGUCAGUCAUUUCAGAAAAACAAAGCACAAGAUACGAAUCGGCUCAGCAGAGCUUAUAAGCGUGUAUCAAUUGACAUUCCUAUUUUGGCAAGCCGGCCAGAGCCAGCACCGAUUCUAUGUUCAAGUUCUAGAAAUUCGAUUCAUCAAACAUUGGCAAUUUCCAAUUCAUCAGAACACAUUAAAAAUGAUGAAACAGUGCAGCAAAAUAAUGUAGUGCUCAAAAGCGAGCCAUCUACGACCGAAUAUGGGGAUCCAACAAUCAGGAAAGAGCUUUGUGAAGAUGAAGAAAGUACACCCAUUCCAACCCCAUUACGAUCCAAUGAAAAAUUAUUGCUUAAAUCCAACAGCAAUAUUCAAAAGGAGGAAGACACACACGCUACUGGUAGUUGUGACUCGAUAUCAAGGCCAUACGCACGUAUUUCAAUGGUGCCCAUCGUAGCUUCGUUAAAGAAUGCACAUCAGUUGGGAACAGCUCCUAUUCUUCCUAUUAAAAUGGCACCUAUUUUGAUAUCAGGUAUGGUGAGUGAAAGGCAAAUCAAGAUUGGCGGGUCUAUGGAAAAUAUAAGUCGAACCGCAUCAAAUAUAGACUUGACAGCAAAGUUAAAUCAUCUCCACACUGUAGGAAUUAUAUCAGGUAAUCCGGCAAGCCAUGUAGGCAAGAAAUCACUACAAGCAGCACCAGUAUUACCAGAGGCACCUAUUCUUGCAAGAUCAGCCCAAACAGUACAGGGUAACAGUAUAGUAAUUGGAGGUGAAGCAGUGUUAUCAAAACCUCCAGCCAAAGCAGCACCUAUUCUGCCAACACAAAGAGAAAAGACUUUGAAGGCACCACAACUGGAGCAUCCAAACGCAACUGAAUCCUCAGUUAAACAACCAACAGCACCAAUGGUAGAAGCAGUUAUAUUCAAACCAACGAUUCCAUCCAAGAUCGUUCUUCCAGUGUCCAUCAAGUUGGCAGGAUCAGUAGGUAAAAUGGCAGCACCAGUUCUGAAACUACCCAAUACAUCAGCAGUUGCACCCACAAAGCCAUAA